AUGUUUGGGAUGCACGAGUUUGUGUCGCAGCUGCGAGCGCAUGACCAUGCUUCUGUUUUUGAUGGCUCGUGGGUUUUCGACGGAACUCAGUCCCUGCUAACUCCGAUCCGAGGUUCAACAGCGACUGAUGCCUCGUUAAGCUGCCUGCUAACGUUCAUGCGUGAGCUCGCUCGAAUCGACAUUCGCCCAGUGGAUGGUCAGUCGCUUGAGAUAUGCUCCGACUGGAAUCUUGGCACGGGUUACGGUGGAAAAGUGAAGUCGACAACUACCAACCAGUCAGGCAUGACGCUGGUGCUGGACGGUCGACAAAGGAUGUUCAUCCAAUUAUCAAGUGGUGUCUCAAGCUCGAUUCCUCUUGGUGGGCGCAGCUAUGGAGACUACCGCGGCAAAGUUUUGUCUCCGAAGAGCUUCGUAGUAGAAAUGAGUUCGUGGCCAGUGGAUAGCGACAGAUUGCAACCAGCACUCAGAUGGAAGCUGCAGGCUGACGUGGAGACUGGAAGCCACGAAGGCAGCCCGAGGUGUCUUUUGGUGAACGGUGUCAUGGAAGAGGGGUACUGGCGAAUGGAUAGCAGCAGCGAAAGCCCCGAUUUCGAAGCGGUGCCUUUUAACCUGAAGCUCGGGUUGGUGGAGGCAUGGUAUCCGAUGUACGAGCUGGUAGGCGUGUACGAUCGCAUUGGUUAA